AUGUCCCUCCUGGUGCCCAGCCUGGGGGACAGUCAUGGGGCGUUAGAGAAAUUCUCAGGACCCCCCACGCUUCCCAGCUCGGGACACGCUGCAGAUGUUAACCGGGGAGAGGCUGCCAGGAAGCCCGGCGUCCCGUCACAUUGCCCCCCACGUGACUGUCUUCGUCUUGCAGGGGUUCGCAGGGUCGCAUGUGCAGCACCCUGGGUUGCGGCCUGGAGAAGCUAUUUCCUGUCCGCAGAAUCACGCCGGUGUGCAGCUGUGGCCUUGCCGGGGAUUAGCACAGUCGUGGCGGCCCAGCCAGCAACGCUGGCAGGAGAGCUGGGCGAGGGACCCCCGGAGCACGCUCACAAUCCUUCAACAAUUUACAAUGAAUGA